AUGACACAAGAUAAGAAGAUUUCAGUAGCGUUUGUUUGUUUAGGUAACAUUUGCCGUUCCCCUAUGGCUGAAGCAGUAUUUAGACACGCGGUGAAGCAACAAAAUUUAGAGAGUUAUUUCGAGAAGAUUGAUUCGUUUGGCACAGGGAACUACCAUGUUGGAGGUGAUCCUGAUCGCCGUAGUGCCGCUACUUGUAAGAAACAUCAUGUGCCUGUAAACCAUAAAGCUCAGCAAAUUCGUCCAAGGCAUUUUGAGGAAUUUGAUUAUAUCAUUUGUAUGGAUGAAUCUAAUUUGAGGAAUUUGAAUAGAAUUAAACCAAAAAAUUCUAGAGGUGAAAUUUAUUUAUUUGGUAGUUGGAAUACUAAUAACCGAUUCAAUAAAAUUGUCGACGAUCCUUAUUACGGUGGCAUAGAUGGAUUUGAGUACAAUUUUGAACAAGUCACUUACUUUAGUGAAGAAUUCCUGAAAAGGGAACUAGCGUUAUAA